CCGAGAAUGACGACUAAACAAAGAAGGCCAUUGGUCGGCGGACCUGGCGAGACGGCCGUAAACGAGUGCUGGACGCAGGAUUUUAUGGUCGUCAUACCAUUGACGUCUUGUGUCGGAAUGAGUUAUUAUUUUCAGCUGUGACUUACGUUUCGUCGUAAAACAAACACGUGUGCGCCAGUGAUUGUGAUUGCGCCGCGGGAGCAGGUGUGAGUGUGUGUGUGCGGCGGCAUGGAGGGCCAGCAGUAUGGCAUGGGCUACGGCAUGCAGCCGCAGAUUGAUCCCAAUGGCCAGGCCAACAACACAGAGGGCGAGCCGAGAAAACAGGACAUCGGCGAGAUUCUGCAGCAGAUCAUGACCAUCACAGAACAGAGCUUGGAUGAAGCGCAAGCCAGUACCGAAUUUUCCAGGAAGCACACGCUGAACUGCCACCGGAUGAGGAGCGCCCUCUUCUCCGUCCUCAUGGAGAUAAAAGAGAAAACAGUGAUAAACCUGCGGAACACACAGGAGGAGGAGCCGCCGGACCCGCAGCUGAUGCGGCUCGACAACAUGCUCAUCGCAGAGGGGGUGGCCGGCCCCGAGAAGGGCGGCGGCGCGCAGGCGGCCACCAACGCCAGCGCGGCGGCCGCCGCCGGCGGCGCCUCGGCCGAGGGCACCAUCGAGCACUCCGACUACCGCGCCAAGCUCGCGCAGAUUCGGCAGAUCUACCACCAGGAGCUGGAGAAAUACGAACAGGCGUGCAACGAGUUCACAACCCACGUGAUGAACCUCCUCCGGGAACAGUCGCGGACGCGGCCCAUCACGCCCAAAGAGAUCGAGCGCAUGGUGCAGAUCAUCCACAAGAAGUUCUCCAGUAUCCAGGUGCAGCUCAAGCAGUCGACGUGCGAGGCCGUCAUGAUCCUGCGCUCGCGGUUCCUGGACGCCAGGCGAAAGAGGCGAAACUUUACCAAAACUGCGACUGAACUGCUAAACGAGUAUUUCUACGCCAACUUGAGCAACCCCUACCCCACGGAGGAGGUCAAAGAAGAGCUGGCCAGAAAGUGUAAUAUCACGGUGUCUCAGGUAUCCAACUGGUUCGGCAACAAGAGGAUAAGAUAUAAGAAGAACAUCGGAAAAGCUCAAGAAGAAGCCAACCUGUAUGCGGCCAAGAAGGCAGCAGGCUCCUCCCCGUACAGCAUGGGCGCCGGCACGCCGGGCCCCAUGAUGUCGCCUCCUCCCGCCGACAUGGGCUACAACAUGUCCAUGAACGGCGCCCAGUACAACAGUCAGGGUCAGGGCGCCUACUCGGACUCACAACCGGGGAUGGGCUAUUAACAAGGGCUUUUGCUAUCUGAGAGUUAGCGUGAAUGUGGGGCCGUCGGACGGCGGCGGCCGCCGCGCCGCUGGGCGCUCUGUGAGCGCGUGCCACUGCGCGCUGCGUGCUUCAGAGCGCGCGGCGCCACCGUGUAACCGGUACCGGCGUCAGCGACGGCCUGCCGACCGCCGGCCGGUCGGCCCGAAUCUCACCACAAAUCGUGCGGCCGCGCGCCACCUGUGAACUGGACAGUGUGACCGGCGGCGCCGCCAGCGACGGCGAGUGACGGCCCGCCGACGGAGUGGCGGCCGCCCGACCAGCGCACCCGUGGGCCGCGCUCGGCCGGCGCGCGCCCUGGCAGCGCGCCCUGGCUUCUGAAGCCCCAUUGUACAUACUCGUUCUAGAAUGCGUUUCUAAAGUAGUGUGAAAAUCGACGCCUAUAUAUAUGUAUGUAUAUGUAUACGUGUGCGUGUGCGUGUGAUGCGUGUGCGUGUCUCAUACGCUGGUUUCUGUCUGAAUCUCCGUUGCGGCGAGUGUGCUGUUUCCCCUCCUCUAGUCGGCUCUCCCAUAUGAUUUCAUCGUGGGCCACCGGGCCCGGCGCGCGGCUGAGGACAUCAGCAAAAGCCCGUGACAAAAUAGAAAAUACCCAAUACCUACGCAUAAUACCUAACUCUGACAACUUUCCCCGUUGACGAAAUUGCCCUUGUGACGCACCAGACCGGAAUUUUUUAAAUUAAUUUAUUGGACCUCGUUGUAUUGUUUUAAUGUGACGACAUUGUAAUUAUGAAAUGGUGUUUUGUAGCGGACUUUUGUCGAUGUGCUCGUCUCGCCUCGCCGGCCACCGGCGUCUCUACAUGCGUUCAUGUGCUAGACUCUGCAGCAGGUAGCGGCACUAGGCCUGUUCAGUUGUGUCCGCUGGCUGCCGUUUUUGGGUGCUUGCAAUGUUGUCUCGCGUUGGCCGGCCGUCGGUCGGCGAGCGGAUGUAGCUGGAUAGCGUAAAUUACAGACACUUUGACACACACACACUGACACACAUACACUGACACAAUACCUCUAACGGGGAGGCAGGGUGGCCGGCCGGACUCGGCUCGAUUUUCGUUCACAUUGUGAUUUUGUCGGGGAUGGUGGAACAGUGGGCGCCGUUACAUUCUGUGCUGUGCCCGACGAAGCCCAAUUGUUUUGUAUGGUGUAUACUCAUUAUCGACUAUACUGUGCGUCCCCGAAUAAACGUGCCCACUUUUUGUACAAACGUACAUACCAAAA